AGUGCUUACCAAAACACGACCAUCUCCAUCGUCUUCCGGGCAGCUCCUGAAGCGAGGAUGUCUGCUGUUGUUCUAACUGUUGACUGUGGCCUGAUGGACACCUGGUGUAGACAAUGAGGGAAGAACUCGCCUCUCACACCCAAGAGGUGACCCCAGAGCAAGGCCCAGAUGACCCCACGUGCCGGGACGAUGCGGCUGGCCUGCAUGUUUUCAUCCAUCCUGCUGUUCGGAGCCGCGGGCCUCCUCCUCUUCAUCAGCCUGCAGGACUCCACGGAGCUCACCUCCCAGCAGGUGCCAGGAGUAAAGUUCAACAUCAGGCUACAGCAGCCGCGCGACGACUUCCCGCCAGGCAGCUCCCAGGAUGGUGUUUUUAAGGCGCCCGCAGAGAGGGUCGCCCGAGACGUGUCCAGCCGGUACCUGGCCAGCAGCAGCCGCAGGGCGGUCACGCCCCGCCACGUGUCCCGCAUCUUCGUGGAGGACCGCCACCGCGUGCUGUACUGCGAGGUCCCCAAAGCGGGCUGCUCCAACUGGAAGCGGGUGCUCAUGGUGCUGGCCGGGCUGGCCUCGUCCACCGCCGACCUCCAGCACAACACCGUGCACUACGGCGGCGCCCUCAAGCGGCUGGACACCUUCGACCGCCAGGGCAUCCUGCACCGCCUCAGCACCUACACCAAGAUGCUCUUCGUCCGCGAGCCCUUCGAGAGGCUGGUCUCCGCCUUCCGCGACAAGUUCGAGCACCCCAACAGCUACUAUCACCCCGUCUUCGGCAAGGCCAUCCUGGCCCGGUACCGGGCCAACGCCUCUGGGGAAGCCCUGCGGACGGGCUCUGGCGUGCGCUUCCCCGAGUUCGUCCAGUACCUGCUGGACGUGCACCGGCCGGUGGGCAUGGACAUCCACUGGGACCACGUCAGCCGGCUCUGCAGCCCCUGCCUCAUCGACUAUGACUUCGUGGGCAAGUUCGAGAGCAUGGAGGACGAUGCCAACUUCUUCCUGAGCCUCAUCCACGCCCCGCGCAACCUGACCUUCCCCCAGUUCAAGGACCGGCACUCGCAGGAGGCACGGACUACCGCGGGCAUCACCCACCAGUACUUCGCGCAGCUCUCGGCCCCGCAGCGGCAGCGCGCCUACGACUUCUACUACAUGGACUACCUGAUGUUCAACUACUCCAAGCCCUUCGCUGACCUGUACUGAGGGCCUGGCGGCUGCCCGUGGGCGGCCUGCCCACCACUCACCUGUCCGAGGGGCAUGUUUCCUUAGCCAGGAGCCGAGAUGUACCCAGAACAACUGGGCUCCGAGGACGUGAGGAGCUGUGGCUGCUGCAGGCCCUGGUGGGGACAGGGGCCCAGGCCUUGGGUAGGGACCCUGGCUCAAGCCGCAUAGCCACUUCCUUCCUUCUUGGCUGAGGAAGGUAUGGAGAGGUGUGAGCUGGACAGCCAGGAGUCCCAGCUGCCCACACCCAGCUCAGCCAGGAGUCAGGAUGACCAGGGAAGCCUGAGGCCCGAGGAUGAGGGUCGGGUGGUAAGGGAUCUCCUGCAGUCCCUUCGCCAUUGCCUUGUACCAAACCACAGGGUUUGCAGCUUUUCUAUGACCCAGGAGGAGGUUCCAAAUAAAGCACAUGGUUUCCAGAA